UAAGAACAGAAGCUGUGAUUGGUUGAAUGAGACAGCCUCGCUCUGCAGGUCUCUCAGCGUGGACAUUGAGUGAAGAUGGCGACCUGGUGUGUGCGUGCGAUCAGACAGGGCUCCUCUAUCAUAGCGUCCCCUUUACUUGUAAGGGCGACUCCACGCCUCCUUUGCACAGCAGCCCAACAGAAAAGCUCAGGAACUGGGACUGAAGAAGAGAAACCAGAGCCCAGUGCAGCUGAGAAAGCCUUCAUAGAAGAAAAGACACAACUGGAAGAACAGCUGAAAGAUAUUACGGAUAAAUACAAGCGGGCACUAGCAGACACUGAGAACCUUAGGCAAAGGAGUCAAAAGAUGAUUGAUGAUGCUAAGCUUUAUGGAAUCCAGGGCUUCUGUAAAGAUCUCUUGGAGGUGGCUGACAUCUUGGAGAAGGCAACCGAAAGCGUACCAAAAACUGAAAUAUCUACUGCAAAUCCGCACCUGAAAAAUCUUUAUGACGGCCUUGUAAUGACUGAGGUGCAGAUCCAAAAGGUCUUCCAAAAACACGGCCUUGUUAAGCUUAACCCUGAUGGUCAGAAGUUUGACCCUUAUGAGCAUGAGGCUGUCUUUCAUGCACCUAUUGAGGGCAAGGAGCCAGGUACCAUAGCUGUAGUUACCAAAGUAGGCUACAAGCUGCACGGUCGCAACCUCCGGCCAGCUCUGGUGGGUGUAGUCAAAGCCCCCUAACUGGUCGUACACACUAUGCUGGUUAUUGCCUGGUCAACUGAUCGGUUUCUGUAAUUUAGCUGAUCUUAGGUUUCACAUUUUCUUUCUUUGUUAAAGGUGCCUCUGAGAGGUGAAAUCCAAUAUAUUGACUUGUGUGUGGUAGAAGAUUCGGAGAAUUGAAUCUGUGAAUUGAAUUGGCUUUAACAGUAUUCUCUGGAGGAUCGUUCGUUACCAUUCCAGGGACUUGUGAGAUCUAAAGAAACAGAAUCUUUUGAAGAAUCUAAAGCUUUUAAAGAAACACUGCAGCAUAUUACCUUGUUGAACACAUUUUAUGCUUAUUAAACGUAUUUGCUCUUAUUAAUUACUUUACUGAAGAACGUAACCAGUUUGGUGAUGUCUAUGACAGCAGUUGUGAGAUUCCACUUUUUUUUUUUUCAGUGUUAUGCAGGUUUUUGAAUUUUUGUAUGAGAGAAUAGUUAGUCUUCUUUACAGAACUUGGAGUAAUAUUUUAUCCAAAAA